AUGGCAACUACCGAGUUUAACAGUCCUCUAAGAAAGUAUAAGCUUGUCUUUCUCGGGGAGCAGAGUGUCGGCAAGACAUCUCUUAUUACUCGCUUCAUGUAUGAUACUUUUGAUAAUACGUACCAGGCUACUAUUGGUAUCGAUUUCCUAUCCAAAACGAUGUAUCUAGAAGACAAGACAGUGCGUCUACAGCUCUGGGAUACAGCUGGACAGGAACGUUUCCGUAGUUUAAUUCCUAGUUAUAUCCGUGAUUCAUCUGUUGCCGUUAUUGUGUACGAUAUCACAAGCAGAGAAUCAUUUACAAACACAACCAAGUGGAUCGAUGAUGUUCGAGCAGAAAGAGGUGCUGAGGUGAUCAUUGUACUGGUGGGAAAUAAGAGCGAUUUGAGUGAGAAAAGAGAGGUCAGUGUAGAGGACGGAGAGAAGCGUGCAAAGGAGCUCGGCGUUCUCUUUAUUGAAACGAGCGCCAAGGUUGGCCACAAUGUCAAGACAUUGUUUAAAAAGAUUGCACAAUCUCUGCCUGGAAUCAACGGCGACAACCCAAAUGAUGAAAACAAAGAUACCUUGCAAAAGGUUAACCUGAACAACAGCACUGAUGCAGAGGCAAGCGGGUGCGCAUGUUAAAUCCAUAUCAACCGACUGCUAGUUACUUAUAUUCUAUUUUUCUAUUAUCUGCAGACUUUAAGUCUUGCUAAUUUUAUUUCAUUUCUUUAUUAUACCGAUUAUUAAGGGGGGUUCAACAGUCUUUUAGAUUUUUAAAUUUGUAUGCUUAAGUUUAAAUUACAAAAUUAUUGGUUGAAAUUAAUCUGAAAACAUUUAAGUCUAUAAG